CCGGGCCACUUGUAACCAGCGGCACCGGCAGCAGCAUCGUUCUCUAACCUUGGGCCGGCUCUCCUCCUGCUCCGAGCGGUGGGCGGCUGAGGGGGCGUUGUGUCCCUGUGUGUGUGUGUGUGUGUGUGUGUGUGUGUGUGGAAGGAGCCGUGCGGCGGGGAUCGCGAGUGACAGCACAAGCAGCCGGGAGAGGGAGGAGGAGCCGCCGCCGCCUCUAUGAUGAAGUUCAAGCCGAACCAGACUCGGACGUACGACCGGGAGGGCUUUAAGAAACGGGCGGCCUGUCUUUGCUUCAGGAACGAGCGGGAGGAUGAGGUGUUAUUGGUGAGCAGUAGUCGUUAUCCAGAUCAGUGGAUUGUUCCUGGAGGAGGGAUGGAGCCAGAAGAGGAACCAGGAGGUGCUGCUGUGAGAGAAGUCUAUGAAGAGGCUGGAGUAAAGGGGAAAUUAGGAAGACUUCUUGGAAUUUUUGAGAAUCAAGAUAGAAAGCAUCGGACAUAUGUUUAUGUGCUCACUGUGACUGAAGUACUGGAAGACUGGGAAGAUUCUGUAAAUAUUGGGAGAAAGAGGGAGUGGUUCAAAGUGGAAGAUGCCCUGAAGGUCUUGCAGUGCCACAAGCCUGUACAUGCAGAAUAUUUGGAAAAACUGAAAUUGGGAUGCUCCCCAACGAAUGGAAAUUCUGUGGUGCCCCCCAUCCCAGACAACAAUUCUCUCUAUGUUACAUCUGCACAGAAUUCUAGCCUGCCAUCGACUGUGAGAUAAGCUGUGUGCAUUGUGGGAUGGCACAUCGUAAGAGAGAACAGUCCCAGAUGUUCUUAUGCCGACAUCCUUAAAAUAAGGCCUGGAUUCUCCAUGUUUUGUUUUUUCUUCCUUCUCAACAAUUUUGCCAUCCUUUCUUUGUUUUUAACAAUGUAAAUUAGUAUUUCAUCAAACCAAAGCCCUAUGGAUUUUUAUGAUGCCCCAAUGGACAUUUUUUCACUCCUGUCUUAUGUAUAUACAGCCUAUGUCAUUAGCAUAACAUUUUUUUUUUUUUUUUUUUUUUUUUGUGUGGCCAUUUAUUCCUUACCUGCUUUGUUGCUGGAAGGGCUUCAUUUUAUUGCUAGGUGCAUGGUGGACUCUUGGUGCCUAUGCAUUUAAUGUUCCUCCUGUAUCGUACAAGGGCAAUCUUGACAACAAAACCUUGUUCUCUACUAGAAGUGUGGCCUUCACCAAAUUUAGCUCUGGGGAGGCUCUUUUUGCCUUGCUAACUGCACCAGAAGAAUUAACUGGCUUUCAAAUAUGUUAUUACUCUAGUAUGAUGCAAUUUACAGUGAAACAACUGUGGUAUGUUAGUGGCAUUAGGAGAAUUAGUAUAAUCUAUGGUUUGAUUGUAUAGAUAGCAACACAUGUAUAUUGUAGCAUGGUUCAUAUGGCUUUUCCCUGAAAAAUUUUCUUCAAAAUGUGUGCCAUUUUUACAUUUUAAUAUUAACUGUAAGAAUCUCAGAUUGCCUCACUGCUACCAAUCUGUCAGGAUGUCAAUGAGUUACUUUUUUCUAGUGAGACAUAUCAGUUUAUGCAUUAGUUUCAUCACUUUCAAUGUGUGUGGGGUUUUUUGUUUUUUUUUUACCUCUUUGAGAUUGAUCAGCUUUUUGGAGUAGGAAGGAAGUUUCUGUAACUAGAUAUGCAUUCUGGAAUGACUUGGCGUGUUGAAAUAGUGGACUUGUUUAAUGCAGAAGUGGCAACAACACUUUGUUAAGCAUUUGUCAGUGUCACAUUGGAAAACCAUAUAGUAGCAUCUAUCCACUUUUCUUGUAAAAUCCUGAACAAAUAUUAGUAUGAGUGUUUCCAUAGGCUCCAUUGUUGGGUAUUGUUAGAGGCAUAUAUUUGCAUUUUCUGUGUUCUCAGCUCAUAAAUAGUUGCCCCUUGUUUCACGAGAGCCUGAGAAUUUGAACCCUCUCCCUUCACUUAAGGAAAGAUAAAAAACAAAGUCCAUUAUUGUUGUUUCAGUAGUUUUUAAGGUUGAUUAAGAUCCACGUGUGUCCUAAUUAAAACUCCAGUUCAGGGUUGUCAAUUCACUUGUAUGUGAUGUGCCUACAGCUACCGGGGUCUACCCAAACUAUUAUUUCCACAACCUUGUUGCCAUGGUCUUAUUUAUAAUAACUAUGCCUCGGUAUGUGUGCUAAUGCAGAUCCAAGUGCAACGUUGGGCAUACUCCAUUAAUAUCUGUUGGUUUGUUAGGUCUCCCAAUGAGUGGAUCUUUGCCUUAUUUGGCCAUCCAUGGGCAGUGUCAAAUCAAGUUGAUCCUUCAGAGCAACAGUCAGAUCAUAAUAGAGCCCUGUGCAGACCCAUUGGUAGAGGACUGCAGCAAUGGUCUUGUGCAGUCCUUUGAAAUUUUCUAGCCUGCCCAAUAGAUAUCUGGCUGAAAGCCAGCUUAGAAAAUUGGACAGACUGAUAGGAAGACCCCAUAAACAUGCUGGAAAGCUGCUGAGCUGGCAGCUAAUAUUGACUUUAUGUUUGGCAGACACUUAAUAUUCCCAGUGUCUAACUACUGAUUUUAAUCAGUAAUUAUGUCUAGUGCAGUUUGAUAUUGGAUCUCUCUAUAGUAACAGGUACAGUUCACCCAAUAAAUAUUUAUUGCAAACAAAGUAAGCCAAUCCAGUCAGUGUAAGUGAAAAUGGUAAAAGGUGGGGCUUAUCCCUUGAGUACAUGUGUUUCUGAUCUCCGUGGUCACUACACAACGCAGUACGGAUAGUGCACCUUUCAUUGUUGUGGGCUCCCUAGAGUGAAAGGUUUUUUUAGUGCACAUCUUAA